UUGUUCUUUUCUUCCUCCUGGAACCAUCCCGUGUCUGAAAUGCAAACACAGUCGCUUCGGUCCACGACAACUUGACACGUUUGCGACACUGGCCUCGAUGCAUGCAUGUGGAUGGAUCUCAAGGUACUUGGGGUAUGCAAGGACGGAGAAGGAAAGAAUAGCCCGGGUAACAGGAGAUGAUCUUAUGGACAACCCGUGUUCAGAGCAUGCGGUUCGUCGAGACCUCUUGUUGCUCGAGAACCAAAUCCCUUACUUCAUCCUCGAGAAACUGUACGAUGCCGCGGCGGCCAAAGGGAAGUUGUCUGGUGACAUGUCCUUACGCCAACUCGUCCUGAAGUUCUUCGAUGUCCCAGCUGAGAUCAAUGAAAACACAAAGUUCAAUCAUUUCGCGGAUUUCAUGAGGUGCUUCUUCGUGGAGACCCUCGACCUCACGGAACACGAGCGGAAGAAGAUUGAGGAAAAACGGCCCAUCCGUCGCAUUACGACAACUCAAUGAACAGGUCAUUCGCCAAACUCAGGAGCGUCUACUUCUCCGACCUUUGGACGGGGACAGCCGCUGUCGGCGCCACCAUUCUCCUCCUCUUGACUCUCAUUCAGACGGUGGCUUCGGUCAUCCAGCUUUUUCAGAAAGGAACAUAACAAGUCAUUCGAGUCGAGGGGUGGACACAAUGUAGCUGCUAACGGGCCUUCAAAUAAAGCCCAAUAGCCCAAACUUUGUUGCAUGUUGGCUAUCAAAAUUAUUUUAAAGUUGGCAUGGACUAGUGCCUCGUAUUAUUUAAGUAAUAUACU